AUGAUUCUUGAAUAGAUUCUUCUGACAUUUCUUUUUGAUUUAAUUGUUUCCUAGAGAACCUACUGUUAAUUACCAGAUCCAAUUUUUAAUGAUGGAGUUAAGAAUUCUACUUGGGGAGAUUCGGAUCCUUCUGAUUGGAAUUACUUAAAUUCAGAUGAAUGGAAAAGUACUGUAUUUACUUUAGAAAAUAUAGCAAAAGUUGUUACUUGUGGUGCUAGCUUUUAAUCUCCCAUAAACAUUAUAACAUCUACAGCAACCAAAGAAAAUACGUUCCCAGCCAUUAAUUAUAUACUGAAGUCUUCAACCAGAAAUUAUUUCGAAGCUUAGAGUACUUCUCAUAAAAUAUUUAUCCAGGGGAUUAUACCAAAGAAUUAGAAGGAGAAUACGAUUUUAUAACUGCAUUCGAUUUAUCGAAUUCUCAAUACAAAUAUUAUGCUAGAUAAUUCCAUUAUCAUAGUCCAUCUGAACAUUAAGUAGAUGGAAAAAAUUUUGACUUAGAAGUUCACUUUGUACAUCAAGUAAACUAUCAAUUUUAUCAGGCUGUUGAAGAUGGAGAACAGAGUUGCAAUGACAUUAGAAAUAAGUUGACUGUCUUUGGAUUACUCUUCUAAUACUCCAAUACUGCUUCCGAUUAUGAAGUAUUUAAACCAUGGUUUGAUGACACUGUAAACAGAGUUACAUCUUUUGAUAUGAAGUAAUUAAUAUACUCUCUAUAUUAAAUAGUGACUUCUUCCAAAGAAUGACUGACAAAACCUAUUAUCAUUAUACAGGCAGUCUCACUACUAUGUAUAUUCUUAGAAACUAACCAUAGACCUUGCUCUUAAACUGUAAAUUGGUAUGUCUUUACUUCCCCCUUGCCUAUCUCUAGAACUUAACUUAAAUAAUUCAAAGACUUCCUCGACAAUGAUGAUUACUUCCCUGAUAAAUCUAACAAUCGUCCCGUUUAAAAUCUUAAUGGACGUGCCUUAUAUAAAGGAGUAACAUUAAUUAUCAAUUUAUAGACUGCUUCAUUCAAUGGAGUGACCUCUCUUCCUGUUAUUGAAGCAAGUUGGAGUAUAAUUAUCUAGAUUGCUAUGCUAUUAAUAAUCUAUAUUAUAAUAAUAUGA